AAACUACUAAUGGUGUGAGCAUUACUCGCAAACCUCAAGAUCAUUCGUUAUUUGUACAUCUACUCUGAAUCUUGUCCCUACAGUCGUUACUGUAAACCAAAGAAAAUACACCUUUUUCCAAAGAUGCGCAUCGAAAUCCCAAUCGUUUGCUUAGCAGCAACUAGUGUCAUCGCUUCACCAAUGUCUCCCCCUCUAUCACGGAGACAAGAUGCUGGAGUUGGUGCGGGUGUUGCAAGUGUAGGAGCAUGUCCCAUGAACUGCUGGAACGAGGCAGCAGUAGUAGCGGGCUGCGAUCCCAACACAGACGAUGACUGCUUAUGUGGUCCGUUUUUCAGUGCUGUGACUUCAUGCACAGCGGGCGCGUGUAGUAUUGGUGAAAACCUAGCUGCACUAGACUUUCUAAACGGGCCAUGCGAAUAGAAGCGUGACAAUGAUGACGAAGAAAAAUCAUGAGACUCGCGCAAAGCGGCAUAUAUGAGGACGUGUACGAAUACAAGAUGAAGGCAGAGACCCGGGAAACGGAUACAAGCAGAGCGUCGGCUGUACAACUAUACUUACUGUAGCUGGAAAAAAGUAUCGACAGGCUUGGCAGUGGUACCAAUAAAACCCAUGGUACUAGUUUCCCAUCAUAAUUCCGCUUUUCGUUGCAACCAUGAAUGAAGCUAUUUUC